AUUAUCAAUAUGCAUGUUCAAUCACUUUUAGACAGCCUAACUAAACUUGAUUCAAGCAAUAUUAUCAAAAGUGAAAGUUCAAAUUCUACUCAUAAAGACAAUAACAAUGCUAAAGAAUCUGCAGAUGGAAUUUUUCAUAAAGAAGGAUUAGGUGGCGUAAAUCAAGAUAAUAAUAUAGCAUUUCAAUAUUUUGAAGCCUCUACAAAUUUAGAUAAUAAGGUUGCGAUGUGUCAUCUUGCUAGAUGUUAUAAAGAAGGAAUAUGUACGAGCAUGGACCCCGAUCGUGCGUUUAUUUGGUAUUUAAAAGCUGCAGAACAUGGUGAUAAAGAUGGAAUGAGAAAUGUUAUGAGGUGCUAUGAAGGAAUUGAAACACUAACCGAUCCAAAUCGUGCAUCAUAUUGGC